AUGGAUUUAAAUUCAGAAGCUGAUGAGGAUAUAAAAAAUGUGCAAGAAGAAGAAGAAGAGGUAAAACAGCAUUUUCAUGUAUUGGCAGUUGAUGAUAGUAAUAUUGAUAGAAAGCUCUUGGAAAGGCUUCUUACUGUUUCUUCUUACCAAGUUACAUGUGUGGAUUCUGGAGAUAAGGCUUUAGAGUAUCUGGGGUUGCUUGAUAUUCAAGAGAAUGAAUUUUCAAGAACAUCACCAAUUUCUUCUUGUUCAUCCUGUCCAUCCAAAUCAUCCCAGAAAGAGGUGUCAAAAAUUAACCUGAUCAUGACAGAUUAUAGUAUGCCAGGAACUACUGGUUAUGAUUUGCUCAAAAGAGUCAAGGGAUCUUCUUGGAAAGAUGUCCCAGUUGUAGUCAUGUCAUCCGAGAAUAUACCAUCAAGAAUUAACAUGUGCUUGGAAGAAGGAGCAGAAGAAUUCCUGUUGAAACCUGUCAAAUUAGCAGAUCUAAGGAAACUACGUUCCCACCUCCUUAAUACACCUAACAUUCAUGACACCAUAAUAGACAAUGAUCUCAACAACAAUACUAACAAGAGGAAGGCUACAUUACCAGAGCAUUCAGACAGAAGAACCAGAAUUCAAGAAUUGCCUGUGUCCUAA